AAGGUGUUACAUGAGCAAUAGCGAAAUAAGUAAAUUUAAAAUCAGAAAAAGUAGCCGUGAGCAUGGCCCAGAGGAAUUGAAGAAGCCCAGUAAGGUGGGGAACGAAGUGAGGGGAAAACACAUCUGUAGUGAUUUAACAACCCCAUUCGAAAUAUACAAAUGGUCGCACAUUCUGAACACGAAAAAUGAGAGGUUAAUAGAUGACGUAAUAAGGCAAAUGGAAGGAAAAAAAAAAAAAAAAACAGAAAAAAAUAGCCCACAUAGGAAUACUACUAUCAGUACCAGCAAGAAGGUUACUCUGAAUAUACAUCGUAGCGAUAGCAUAGGCGCCUCGCUGGACUUACACAGAGCUGCCCAUCGCUAUCACAUUGUAAUAAAUGACAAGGAAAAUGACAUAUAUGUGGAAAACGAAAUAAGUACCUUUUUUUCCAACAUGAUAAACACCCUGGAAGAUCGUUUGUAUAAUAACCCAGCGGCGAUGAGGUUGCUAAAAAGGGCAAGGGAAAACGAGUCGCACAUAUUUUACUACCUCUAUAAUAAUUUCAAAAUUGUACGUGUGUUACCAUAUAAGUGUUUUUGGCGCUAUGAAUAUGCUGAGGACAUUUUCCCCGCAGAUCAUACGCAAAAUGAGGAAGGACAGGAUAAUGAGUAUUUGUUCAAAAACAUAGAUUUAAAUAAACUGGACUUAUUGCUCAGGGGGGAAGAAGACAUGCUAAGUGGCGCGCAAAAAAAAAGGAGUAGCAAAUUAGAGGGCAAAUGUAAUGGUGAUGAAAGGGAAUAUCUGAAUGAACAGCAGGGAGGUGGCAAUCACAAAUUAAAAUUUGUCAAUCGGGAAGAAGGGGUCUUACGUAAGAAAGAAAGGUACCACGGGGUAGGAACGAAUGAUACCUCGCUUGGCCAAAUUGAGAUAGAAAAGCCAAGUGGCCACAAGGCAGUUACUAACGAUGUGUACACACAAAGUGGCUACCAUUUUUUGACAGUCCCGUUUGGGAAUAAACCUCCAGAUAACUCUCCCUGGAUAAACACAAAAAGGUUUCUCUCCUCCGUUGACACAUCGAAUAAUGCUAACACUUUACACAAAAUGAGAUCCCAAAUUUUUCACCGUGCUGAAAAAUUAGAAGAUAUCGAUAUUGCGAGCCAAGGUGAUGGCAUAAAAAGGGACAAUGGGGGAAGCACCGCCAAAAGUGACAUUUUGAAGGGAGGUGUGGGUAAUACUAGCUCAUGCACUGGCGCAGAGGCGAAAAAAGAUAUACAUAUACAUAUAGAGGGGGAAGAACGAAAUGAUGUGGAAAACGUAAUUCAAGGGAACAUGGUGGAUGAGCAUGACUUCAAGUACGACAUUGACGUUUUAAAUAACAAAAUAAUAUGCAUGGAUAAAUCCGAAAGGACAAAUUUUAGAAUCAGCAAAGUACCCGUGUCUCCGCUCAGUAGGGCCACCGUUUUUGGAAAGGUUCUGUUGGAUAUUGCGAGGAAUAGUAGCGUGGAGUACAUUAAAAAUAGGUUGGCCAACGGGUUUGGAGGAGGCGAUGCUGCAAAUAGCGGUAGUAGUAGCACAAUCGUGAGCGAGAAGAACGCGGAAAUUCUGGCAAACGGGUUGAGCAAAAUGAGAGGAGUAGUCCUAAAGCUGGGCCAAAUGAUCAGCCUGCAAGAUGAGCAUCUGUCGCCCAUUUUGGGGAAGGCCCUAAAACUGGUGUGCAAUUCAGCGGAUGUAAUGCCCAUAAGCCAAUUAAAAAGUGUUCUAAAAAAAGAGUUGGGGAAGGACUAUGAAAAAAAAUUCGAUUCGUUUGAUUAUGUCCCUUUUGCAAGUGCAUCCAUAGGACAGGUCCAUAAAGCAAAAAUAAAUAAUAAAAAAGUGGCAGUGAAAAUUCAGUACCCAGGUGUGUACGAGUCCAUCGAUAGUGACAUGAAAAAUCUGCUACUUAUUAAUCAGUAUACCAAUUUGAUACUAAAAAAUCUAUAUAUUGAAAAUGUGUGUAGAGAAAUUAAGAAGGAAUUAAAAUGUGAGUGUGAUUAUAUUAACGAAGCAAAAUAUUAUGUCCUUUUUAAAAAUAUUUUUAAGAAUAGCAAAUAUUUUUAUGUACCUUCUGUGUACACUGAGUAUGUGACGAAACACGUGUUGGUAACUUCCUACGUGGAAGGCAUAGCCCUAGAUGAAGUCGCAGAGAGGUUCCCACAAGCCAUUCGGGAUUCCAUAGGCCAAAGAAUUCUUUAUCUCUGUUUACACGAAUUGUUUGUCUUUAAAAUUAUGAACACGGAUCCUAAUUUGGGCAAUUUUUUAUACGAUCAAGAAAGGGACAAGUUAUGCUUAAUCGAUUUCGGGGCCACCAGAUUUUACAAAAAUGAGUUUGUUGAUAAUUAUUUAAGACUUGUGAAAGCAUCCGUGGAGGAAGACGAAUCUAAAAUUUAUCACUAUUCCUAUGAGCUUAACUUUUUUGUAGGUAAAGAAAUUGAAGAAAUGAAAAAUUCGCACAUCAAAUCGGUGAUUCUGGUGGGAGAACCCUUCAAAUCUCCAGUGUACGAUUUUGCCAAUAAUGAUAUUGCUAAGCAGAUAUAUAAGCUGUUGCCCAAGAUUAUUUACAAUAGGUUGGUACCCCCCCGGUCCGAAAUUUACACACUGCAUAGAAAAUUAUCUGGCUCCUUCUUAAUUUGCAUGAAACUGAAGGCAAAGGUGGAGGCCGCGCAUAUCUUUAACACCAUUUAUGACAAUUAUAAGUUCACAACGGAGGAUACCUAUUUGCGGAAUAGACUGAGGACAUGCUA